GAAAUGUAAGAACUCUGGGCAAAAGAUAUUUAUUGCGACUGUCAACAAAUAUGGCGAAUUGGUUUUAUCCCUAACAAAUUGUUGCUUAGGUUUAUAUUCUCAACUUACACACAUUAUUGCCUCUUUGCAGUUUUUGUGUGUAUUUUUUUAUAACCGACUAAUCUAAAUUAAUAGCUUUCUCUCAAAGAUGUGUUUUAUCGUGAUUCGGCCUCGCCAUGGCCUACGAGAACCAGUGUAUAACUUUGCAAAUUUCCAAUUCUGAGAGUCAGCAGAGUGCUUUGAAAAGACUUGAUCGUGUUAUAAACACAACCAGAAAUGUUUUUCAAGUGAAUGUUUCAUUAGUUAAGACAAGCAACCGAAGUGAUAUUAACAUUUUUAGUGUUUCUGAAAAUGGAAUAAAUGUAGAUCUUGCUGAUUCUGAUUCAAAUAUCAUUGUUUAUAAAGAUAGAUUGCUUGAUUUUGAACAAAAUGAAGACAGAAUUGUGUACACAAAUGCUGCUACCCAUGAUGUUGAUUCUUCAUUUAGCAUACUUAUCAAAGCAGAUUGUCCACCGGAAAACAUUAAAACGGCGAAAAACUUCUUAAGAAGCCAUCUUGAACAGGAUACAAGCUACAGCUCAGACACUUUCCACCUGAACACUUGUGAAGAAUUUGAAAUGGUUUACAUUGCAUCAUGUGACAUUCAGAAGUCAACUUUAGUUUUUAUGGAUUUUUUUCGAGAUGAAGAGUCAUUCAUGGUCUCUUUACAAGGUCCUGAGAAGAGUCUGUGUUCAGCUAGGACCAAAAUAGUUAUGCUCUUAGACAAUUACAGAGAACAGGUAUACAAAGAAAACUAUACUAAUAGUAACAUUAGUCAAAGUUCUUUAACCAAAGAUGGAUACUUAUUCAACCACUUUCCUAGCUUAGAUACUCAAUCAUCUGCAACAGAUAUGUCAUCUCCUAUACAGCAUUUUGAAUCUGUGGAUGAAAAUUUGAUUCCAAAUUUAUCACUUUUGAAUGUUGAUGUAUCUGAUGAUGAGGUCGCAAGUGCAUUGGAAGAUAUCACAAACAACCCCCUCUACAGCAGGCAUUUUGAACAGGCACUAAAACUAGGCUAUACAGAGAAUCAGAUCUCAAAAGCCUUGCACAAACUAGGUCCAAACUGUGGCUGGAAUGAUUUGCUAGGCGAAGUCAUAACCAUUGCUGCUGAUGAUGCUACAAAAUUGUCAGAUAAAGAAACAGAAUCCUCAGAGAGUAAGAAUCUCUCCCCUGAGGCUAAUAUAGAUGAUAUAAACCAAGGUGGCAAUCAGGCUGACAUGGCCCAGUUUAUGUCUGGUCUUAUGGAGUCAAGGAAUGACAAUGAAAGUAACAACCUCAGACAUAUAAUUAUUGAUGGCAGUAAUGUUGCAAUGAGCCAUGGCAAGCAAGUGUUUUCUUGUAAAGGUAUCAAGCUUGCUGUUGAUUGGUUUCGUGAACGAGGACACAAAGACAUAACUGCUUUUGUACCCCAGUGGCGAAAAGAAACAUCUCGUCCCGAUGCUCCUAUCACAGAUCAAGAUAUACUUCUGGAAUUGGAAUGUGAGAAGAUUCUUGUGUUUACACCAUCUCGCAGGGUUAAAGGACGCAGAGUUGUUUGUUAUGAUGAUCGUUACAUUCUCAACCUGGCAAAAGAAACUGAAGGAAUAAUUGUUUCUAAUGAUAUGUAUAGAGACUUGGUCAAUGAGAGUGAAGAAUUCCGUAGACUGGUGGACCAGAGACUACUGAUGUAUUCCUUUGUUAAUGAUAGAUUUAUGCCCCCAGAAGAUCCUUUAGGAAGAUUCGGUCCAUCCUUGGAGAAUUUCCUUCGCAAAACACCCAUUGCAAGGUCAAAAGAUAGCUGUCCUUAUGGCAAGAAGUGCACUUAUGGCAACCGAUGUCGUUUCUUUCAUCCAGAAAGAGGCUCUGCACCGCUCAAGUCCAUCAGUGAUACUUUGAAAGAGCAGGCUGAAAUCAAACUGCAGGAGAGAACUUUAAAACAGAAUGAGAAAUUAGAAAAGGUGAGACAACCCAAACAGAAACUAUCUAGGACUAAAUCUUUGUUUCCUACAGAGUCUCCAGAGGUUGAAGAUUUCUCUGGUAAGCAGGAGAAACCAAAGCUUGUUCACUCCAAGUCUCUUGUAUUGCCAGUCAAAACAGCUGAUUAUUUGAAUGAGCCCAGGAAAAUGCUGGAGAAAGCAGAGCAAACAGCAGCACGAGAAACAGCCGGUGAUAGAACUGGUAGGCUGAUGGCUAGUUCUGCUCAGUUCCAGGAGGAUAUCAUCAAACCAGACAAUCUCAUAGUAAAAAGUUCUCGCACAUCACCUGUACUUCAAAGAGAGAAUAUACAACAGCCACUCAACUUCUCACCUUCGAGGUCAGUAAGGUCUCCUUCACACCUGACUGUCCCCAAAAGUGAGCAGCCUGAAAGAUAUUUAAGUGGACACCUUCUUCUGGCUAAGAAGUUAUCCAAUGAAGGUAAUGAGUCCAACUUUUUUUCAGAUCACAUUUCUAGUCCAUCUUCCACACGCACUUCAAGUCCUGUGUUAGCUGUCUUGAAACCUGAACAAAAGCAUAUGCUGGACAGAACUUUCUCCCUUACUCACCAAUUACACAGGCCUGAUGAAAAUAUCCCAAACUUAAGCAUAUUUGAGUCAUUGUCUCCACAUAAAUAUCAGAAUGUAUCUGGACACUGGGAAGAUAAAUCACAGAGUGGUCCAUUGUAUGGUCAAUAUUUUUGUGAUAGUGGCCAGUACAGUGCUUCAGAUUCAAUGUCUAAUCCGAUUCAGCCUCCUGCUGCAUUUGGAGGAAAAAUGUACCAAGCCCAUGAACAUCUUGGCUUACGGAGAUCUUUCAGCUCUUCCCAACACCCCAAUAGACGAGCUUCUGCAGCGGAUGAUCAUUUACUUCUAAAGCAGCAACAGAGUAUGCCACUUGAUCCAUUUCCAUCCACACCUCUAGGGAUAUGCAGACAAAAUAGCACAUCAGAUCCACAGAUUCACAAUAAUUUGGCUGAUGGAUAUUUCUUUAAUGGGAGGCAACAACCUGACAGUCAACCUCCACUUCCAACUUACCCACCACCUCUAGUUCAGUCAUUCAAUAACGCCCACCAGUACUCUCUGCAACACAUGCAGCAACCGUACCAGACAUUUGAUAAUCAGCAGACCAGGAAAGCAUCUUUAAGUUACAUGCAGGAGCCAUAUUUUGCUCCUGUCUCACCGAUGAUAGGCUAUAUGCAUAACAUGCCAGCUCAGUACAGCCCACGCCACAACUCUCAACAUGCCAGGGCCCCCCACAACUACCAUAAUCAAAAUGUUAAUUUCCAUCACAGCUACUCUCCCAGUGGUUUCAUGCCAGCACUACAUCCUCUGAGCAACAAUUUAAACACUUCACCCCACCACGCUGCCAACACCAUGGCCAUGACUUCACCCCACCACACUACCAACACCAUGGCCAUGACUUCACCCCACCACGCUGCCAACACCAUGGCCAUUCUGCCAGAAGAUGAGCCCAUUUUGCCUGAUGAUCCUCGCUACGCUAUCUACUACCAUUUAAGUAGCGUGUUUGGGGAACCUGUGGUACGUAAAGUCAUGAACAGAAAUCCGCAUGUCUUAGAGCCCGAGGAUGUUUGUAGUUUGAUCUUUAAGUACAAACAGGAGAGGCUUUCUUGAAAUGGAAAUUUUGUCAUGAAAGGCUGUACCUCAAUGCCUAGUUCUUUGUGCACUUAGUUUAUCUACUUAGUGGAGAUUGAAUAUCUUAUUAAGUCUUGGUUUUGUACUUGUACAAAAUGUUUUAUCAACAGUGUAACAUAGUACUGAAACAUUUCUGGAGUUUGUCAGAUCACAUAUUGAAGUGUCAUAACUGGGUGACCUGAGUUAUUCUGAGGUCAUGAUACUCAUUUAGUAUUAAAUGAAUGUAAUAUGGUCAUACAAUCUAAUGAAUAAAUGGUUGCAUUUUUUCUUCAGCACUUUCUUGAAGUGAUUCAGUUUUAACACUGUUUCAUUUCUUGCAUUAGAUCUAACAACUUUCUGUUAGUAUGAUCAUCCCCACAUAUCAUGUCAUAUGGAAAUCAGAUGUAACAACUUUCUGUAAGUAUGAUCAUCCCCACAUAUCAUGUCAUAUGGAAAUCAGAUGUAACAACGUUCUGUUAGUAUGAUCAUCCCCACGUAUCAUGUCAUAUGGAGUGGUUCAGUUCAACAUUUCUUUUUAAAUGGAUGUCAUCUGUUACAUAAUAAUUGUUUUUUUAAAUGCUGCGAUCACAUUCACUUCUCACGGACUUAUUUUGAAUGAAAACAAUUUUUAUAACAAAAUCAAUAUUUGUUUUUUUAUAUUCAUGUCAAUUGAUUGAUGGUGUACCAUUAGAUUUGAGUUGUCUUACCUUGUGUUAUAUGUUAUGUAUUGUGUUGAGGAAGAUCAUAUAUUGCCUUGGUUCACUUAAUCUUUGUAAAUAUUGAACCUUUCAACUCUUGAAUUCUAGAAGUCUUUUUUUUUUUUUCUAUUCUUCAACCAAAAGGUCCCCAACCUAACAAUUUAAACUCUGCACACUUCUUUCAGCCAUGCUUCAAAAAACAAAAUGUUUCAUUCUCCAUCAGUUCUACAUGUACAUGCUAGAUCCAGCCUUUAUCUAGAGACAUCCCCAAUACACAGUCAAUGUCAGUUUUAGAGGAACAUAAAUCUUGGAAAUCUACUACCCCCCCCCCCCCCCAACACAAUACAACACAUUUAAUAAGGCUCACAAUCAUUGGUACAAUUCUUUGACUUAUUGUUAAGGAUUCUAGGAGCCCUUAACACUUCUGCUUUAUUAGGCUUGACCCACUAACACCUUUGUUUUGUUUUGUUUUCAUAUGUUAUUUGAUCAUACCUGAACAUCUCUUGGCCUAGGUAAAAACACUAAGUUAUAAAAUAUUUCAAAAUAAAAUGCUCAAGCAAUUCACUUAUUUAUGACCUCUCUAAAUAAAUUUAAUUUCUAAUUGCUGUGUUACUCUUUCCCUCUAUCUUUUCAUUGCUGUUUCCACAGUGAGUGAUGAAAAUGUCAACUAUGCAUAUCAAUAGCAAGUGUAUUCCAUAUCCAAUGUUUCAAACUCCAGUAUCUAAUUGCAACAACACAUUUUUUGUUGAGUCAUAAUGAGCAGUUAGCAGUUGUUAUUUUUUACAGCUGCUCUACCAAUCAUCUCUUGCUUGAGUAUACAUGUUCAUUUCUUCUAUUUGAUACUACAAAAUAAAUGGCUAUUUAAUAAACCAUAUUAGGUUAUACUACCUUAUAUAUGUUUAUCUUAGUUUUUGAAUUUAAGAGAAAAAACUUUGUAAAGUGUUAAAGUAUACACACAGUGCUUCUACUGCAUGAUGUGUUUUUGUAUUUGUUUGAGUUAUUUAUUUUCUGUUUUUAUCUCUUGAAUAUGUUAUCUUAAUAAAAUACAAAUCUUGUUCUAAUUUUGUAAAAUUAUAAUUCAAAUCAUACUUUUUACAAUUAGACUAAAUAAGUGGCAUGCACAAUUGUACAUCCUGUGUCCUAUUUUGUCAUGUAUUGCCUUGCUUUUCAAGGUGUGCUUAAUUUAUUGACAUUGUUACAUUUUUGUUUUUUUCUUAAGCCCGGUUUUGUCUGCAGACAACUGAUAAGCAAAGGCUAACCUGUGUUGUUGUUUUUUUUUUUUUGUUUUUUUUACUGACACUCUUAUUUUGUAUUUUUUUUAAAUGUCAGUUCCAAUAAACAUUUAGUCUAUCUCAUCACACCAAACUUUGUAGGAUUAUAGUCUGUUUUAUCAUAAAUUGGUGUGUAUCUCUCCACCAUGAUUGAGGUUGCUUAACUAAUUAUUUGUUUGAUUGAUGAGGUUUGUCUGCUUUGACAUUUUGUUCAUUUAUGAUCUAUGUAUUUGUGUCCAUUGUUAUUUUGACCUAAUGUUCCAUAGAACCAGAGAUGUUCCAAGCUCUACUCAAACUGUUUUGAAACAAACAAAUGUAUCAAUUUUACUCCUUUGUAAGGAGUAGAAGUCUAUGUGUACCUCAUUAUGAGGCUUUUAAGAAUUGUUGGUGUUCACUGUUGUAAUGUUUAGACAACAUUGAAGUAUAGCUUUUGUUUUGUAAUUAUCUACUCACACUUAUUUGACAUGUAAUCACUGCUUUGUAAACUUAAGAUCAGUGUUUUAUGUACACUCAGCUAGUGGGUCAUCAGGGUAUCAAAUGGGGGGGGGGGAUGAAAGAGUACUUUACGCCCCCCCCCCACCUCAUUUAUUUAGGAGCUACUUUUUUGUUCAUCUUCUACAAUACCGAUACAUAACUAGUUUUGAAAUGAAUUCAAGCAAAGAUAAUGCAAGUCGGACUGGCAACUGACUAUAGUGAACAGUGAACACAUAUGUUAUUCUUGUCUAGUCAGCAAUGGUAUGACAAGUAACAUACAGUUUUUGCCUAAUCAACUAUUGCAAAACUUUCUUUUAAAAAAAAAAUUUUUUUUUUCUUUUUUUCGCCCUUUUGGUGACAAGCAUUACUGGUAUGACCUGAUACCUUCCCAACUGAAUAGUCAACAAAGAAACCACUUUUGGCAUUUGUUUCACCUGCUUUUAAUUCAUCAUAUACGAAAUAUGUUAUAUAUAUAUAUUUAUACUCAUUACAUAGACUUUGUAGUGGUUUUGUAGCCUGAAAUAUAGAUCGAUAUAUUUAUACAUGAAUAAAAAUAUGUUUCACAUGGAUAUAAUUGUUAUAUGCAUUAACUUUCUCAUAUACACAUAUUUAAAAAAAAUAUUUUUUUUUACAAACAAAAAGGGUGGCUGUCCCUCUUUUGACACUUGCAUGUCCCUAACAUCCAACUCUAAAUAUCCUUGUUGUUGUUUUCAGGUUUUGGUUGUUUAUACAUUCUGCUCUGCUUAUUAAAUGAUUGAUGUCAAUCUGA